AUGCUUUCCUCUCUCGAGGACUUCCGUGUGAAGAAAUCGUCGACAUAUUAUGACGUAAAAAAGGCAUAAACCGAGAGCCAGUGGAGCCGCGCAUAUUCUCAGGUCAUGAAUUCCUCAAACGUCAGUGGAACACUAUGCAAGAUGGAGUUUGCAGUACAGAUGACAUGUGAAAACUGUGUUAAUGCUGUGAAAAAAUCCCUGGAAUAUGUAAAAGAUGUGCAGAGUGUCAGUGUCAGUCUGGAGUUGGAGACUGUUCUAGUGGAGACAACAUUGGCAGCACAAGAAAUACUUAGUCUUCUAGAAAGAACUGGAAUGAAAGCUGUUCUGAAGGGAAUGGGGAGCAACGACUCAAAGAACAAUGGGGCUGCUGUAGCUAUAAUAUCCGGAGAAGAUGCAAUACAAGGAGUUGUCCGCUUUCUUCAAGUAUCUGAGGAUAACUGCAUUAUUGAUGGAACUUUGGAUGGUCUGAGUCCUGGCUUACAUGGCAUUCAUAUUCAUGAAUAUGGUGAUAUCUCAGAGGGUUGUGCAAGUUGUGGUGAGCAUUAUAAUCCUGAUGGCAAUACCCAUGGAGGUCCGGAAGAUAUUGACCGACAUGUUGGAGACCUGGGAAAUAUCUUUGCCAAUGAUGAUGGACGAGCAACUUUCAGAGUGGAGAAUAAUCGAUUAAAGGUAUGGGACAUCAUUGGUCGCUCUUUAGUGGUGGAUGAAAAAGAGGACGAUCUUGGACAAGAGGAUCAUCCUCUGUCUAAAAUAACUGGAAACUCAGGCAAACGGUUGGCAUUCGGUAUUAUUGCUCGCUCAGCAGGUCUCUAUGAAAACGUAAAGAAGAUUUGCUCUUGUGAUGGGGUUACCAUUUGGGAGGAGAGAGACUGUCCAAUAGCGGGACCAGAACGGAACAAACGCAAAACUGCCAACCUUUAAGAAAACGUAUCUUCCUUGUCAGAACAUUUGAUUACAAGUUACAAUUAAAGAUUUCAAUUCCACAGACAAAUCUAUUAACUGUUGAUAAUUUAAAAUUAGAUUGAUUUACAUACAUAUUGAUUUACGCAUUACAGUCUAAGUAAUCCUAGAACUAAGAUUAAUGGGAAGUAAUCAAAACAGUAUUAAAUAUUUCAUUUACUGUCUUGUGCUAGAAAACAUUUUCAUUUGGUCUUGCAAAAUGGCAACCAAUGGUAAUCUUUAAUGCACGCUAUAGUAGUUAUGAUACUUGGAGUCUUCAUUUAAUAAUAUAAAAGAUAAAGUGAGGCUAAUUGAGUAAAUGUUUGUUUAACGUA